AUGAAGACUGGAUCCUCCUUCCUCACAGUCCUACUUACUGGUAGCUUUGUGAGCGCCACGUACACGGUUGAGAUUCCCAAAGAUGCUAUCUGGGUCACAAACUGGGAUCAGCUUCAUGAAAUGGGCGCAAAAUACCCCGACACAGCAUUGGUUGAAAAGUAUGGUGGCAAUGUAAUUGAAGUCGAUGGAAAAAUUGUUCUUGCGACAGAUGAGGAAAUGACCAAACAGAUUGAAGACUUGAUUAAAGAGUUGGAAAAGAAUGAUAUGGAGGUCGAAGCAGAGACAGAGACUUCAAACAGGCGAGAUGCGUCCAACUGGUAG